ACUGAAAGAGUCUCACAGAAAACAUCCAUCAAUUGAUCGAAGCACUACCUUAUACCACUCAUCGUCAGCAAACACUAGAAUUCUUCGGGUAUAACGACGGCGUUAUGGGUUCCACAGAACAACGCCUAAUUUUCGAAUCCUUCUUCUUCGGCAGACGACAAUCAUUGACUGUCGUUUUAUUGCUUCUAUCCUUGUCUGGGAACAUGACCUCGACUCUUGCUUUCUUCUCUCGGUCCUUUUCGAAGAGUAGAGCUCUAAAACCGAGAUGUAUUUCUGCGAAAGCUGCUGCUAUGUCUGCUGAUUAUGAUGUCAUUGUUGUCGGCGGAGGGCAUGCGGGUUGUGACGCUGCUGCAGCUGCUGCCAGAACCGGCGCCAGGACUGCCCUGGUGACACAAAGGCUCGAUACAGUCGGCGAGCUCAGUUGCAACCCAUCCAUCGGAGGAAUUGGCAAGGGUCAUUUAGUCCGUGAAAUUGAUGCACUGGACGGGUUAAUUGGAAAAGUUGCCGACGAAGCUGGUAUACAUUAUCGUGUUUUGAAUCGACGAAAGGGACCUGCCGUAAGGGGGCCACGGUACGUUCAAAAGAUGGAAACUUGUCCUGAUGAUAUAUUUUAAUUCAUUUGUUUAAAUGGAAUCUCAAAUGUCGGUUAACGUAUAUCAUUGCAUCAAGCUUAAAACUGAUAUCACCUCAUUUCUAUGAUAAAUCUGAUCUCAUGCAACAUCUUCAGAGCACAAAUGGACAGAGAUUUAUACAAAGCUAGUAUGCAACAAACGCUCAAAGAAUACCCUAACUUAGACUUAAUUGAGGCUAGCGUCGAAGAUCUUUUGAUAGAGGAACCUUCCAAUCUGAUUCAUAUUAACAGCAACAGCAAGCCUCAAAUUCGUGGUGUAUUGACGGAACAAAAUGGGGUGAAAGGGGAACUGACAUCGAAUGCAGUUGUGAUCACUACUGGAACUUUUCUAAGAGGAGGUAUGCAUGGAAAUCUGAAUGAAAUGUACCAUGGACAAAAUCUUCAUUAGGCUCUUCCAUUCUGCUUGGAAUCUCCUCUGGUAUUCACAAUUUUUUUCACUCCUUCAUUCUUUAAAAUCAUCACAUAUGCAUUAAGUAUUGAUGCUGGGUCACGAUAGGUACAGUGGUGGGCGUCAUCUGCGUGAUUCUGAAAAAGUGGAGCCGCCAUCAAUUGGCUUGGCGAAAACGUUGGCUCGAUACGAGUUUGAGUUAGGAAGGUUGAAGACGGGCACUCCAGCGAGAAUCGAUGGUAAAACUAUUGAUUGGGAUAUUCUUUUACCUCAACCAUCUGAAAUACCUGCUACUCCAUUCUCACAUCUACUUCAAUUUAAUGACGAACAGCCUCCUUUGGUUGAUCAAGGAAAAGUUGUUACUUGCCGCCAAACAGCUACCAAUGAAGAAACACACAAACUGGUAAUGAAAUAUGAGAGUACAUUACCUAUCUACGAUGGGAUGGAUGGCGCAGGUAAUGGCCCCCGAUACUGUCCCUCCCUCUACAAAAAGGUCCAGAGAUUCCCGGAUCGAAAUUCUCAUAAUUGCUUUCUUGAACCAGAGGGUUUGAACACUGAUAUUGUGUAUCCCAAUGGUAUGAGUGGACCAUAUCCGGAAGAAGUCCAAUUAAAGAUUUUGAGAUCUAUGAAAGGCUUAGAAAAUGUGGAAAUCAUUCGUCCUGGUUAUGACGUAGAGUAUGAUUUUGUCAACCCAAUUUCAUUAUCGCAUACAUUGGAAACGGAAAGAAUCACGGGUUUAUAUCUAGCAGGUCAAAUCUGUGGUACGACAGGUUAUGAAGAAGCUGCGGCACAGGGUGUCGUGGCAGGUGCCAAUGCUGGCAGAGUAGCGUCAGCAACUUCAGCCGGUUUAUCGACGCCAAAACCUUUUAUUAUUGGUAGAGACGAAGGGUACAUAGGUGUGUUGAUUGAUGAUUUGGUUACGCGGGGCACCUCAGAACCAUAUCGAAUGUUUACAUCACGAGCAGAAUAUCGUAUUUCUCUUCGCGCAGAUAACGCUGAUCUGAGGUUGACUAAGAAAGGUAAAGAUUUUGGCCUUGUACGAGACGAAGAGCGCAUCUCUGCACUGGAAGCUAGAGGAUACCUUAUUGAUGACAGAGUUCAAAAACUGCGUUCUUUCGAUUUGAAAGUAACAGAAUGGGCAGAACGCGGUGGAACGGAAUUGAUGGGAGGUUCACGAAUGGGUAAAAAGACAGGAAACAAAAAAAGUGCAGAGGAAGUUUUGCAAAUGCCGCAUGUCACUCUUCGUAAUGUAGAGGACAUAAUGAUUGCCGUGGAUCGCGAGAGCCGCAAGAAAAAUGUUUCCGACAACGACGAAGUCACUGAAUCGUUCGAAUUGACUUGCUCUCCAGCUUCAGUUUAUGAUUCCGUAGAAGCAAUAGUGAAGUACAGGUCUUACGUAGAUCGCCAACAUCAGGAUAUGGAAAGCUGGCGGAAAGCGCAAGGGAUGAGAAUACCACCAGACAUUGUUUAUGAACACGACUUAUUCCCAUCGUUUUCUAAGGAAGAACUAGAGAAGCUAGCUGAAGCACGCCCUGAUACUUUUGCUGAAGCUUCGAAAAUUAGUGGAGUCACUCCUCAGAGUUUGGUAUACCUCUACCAUCAUGUCACCAGAAGGAACCGCAAACGAGAUCGGCGAGAAAAAGCAACAGCAAGAAAAGUCUGAAGCACUGAAUCUUUGGAAGUCGAAAUUCUAAUCGUUAGAUUUCUUUUUUGUCGUGCAAGAAACCUUUUCCCAAUUUUUGAAUUACGAUACUAUUAAAGAAGAGUGAAUACGCACAGUAUACUAGAUAAAAGAUAUUGAAUGCUUUCUUAGUUCCAGAACCCUUGUGCAGCGAAGGGAACUAAUUUUCCGACCUACACGUGACAACUUAACCAUGCAUCUCAAAACAUUGAUGGUAGAUGCUUCUUAGCUAGAUCUUUGUGUGAUGUGUUCUUAAGCCCUUUCAACAGAGUCAAUUCGUCGAUGGCAAGUGAAGUCAACGGCCAAGCCCCACCACUUCCGCCAUGAGACUGUCGAAACGUUCUG